AUGACGGUGGCCGCUGGGCCCAGCGAGGCUGUCCCCGCUCCCCCCGCAGACGCUGCACCCACCACGCCCACCAGUCAUGUGGAGAUUAUCCCCCUGGGAGCAGCGCAGGAGGUGGGGCGUUCCUGCGUCAUCGUGCGCUUCGCGGGGAAGACGGUGAUGCUGGACUGCGGGGUGCACCCCGGCUUCUCCGGCCUGGCCUCCCUCCCCUUCUUCGACGUCAUAGACAUGUCCAGCGUGGACGUGAUGCUGGUGACCCACUUCCACCUGGACCACUCCGCGGCCGUGCCUUACGUGGUCGGGCACACCAACUUCCGGGGCACCAUCCUCAUGACGCAUGCCACCAAAGCCAUCACCAGCACCCUGCUCCGAGAUUUUGUAAAAGUCAGCAAGGGAGGCGCAGGCGAGUCAGGGGUACAGGGAUCCAGGGGCUUGGGAGGGUUUGGGAGGGGAGAUGCCGGGCUGUACACGGAGGCCGACCUGGAUGCCUCGCUGGAGCGCACGCACGUCAUCAAUUUCCAGCAGACCCUGUGUGUCAACGGCAUCGGCAUCACGGCCUACCGUGCUGGCCACGUGCUGGGCGCCGCCAUGUUCAUGGUGGAGAUCGCCGGCCAGCGCAUUCUGUACACCGACGCUGCACCCACCACGCCCACCAGUCAUGUGGAGAUUAUCCCCCUGGGAGCAGCGCAGGAGGUGGGGCGUUCCUGCGUCAUCGUGCGCUUCGCGGGGAAGACGGUGAUGCUGGACUGCGGGGUGCACCCCGGCUUCUCCGGCCUGGCCUCCCUCCCCUUCUUCGACGUCAUAGACAUGUCCAGCGUGGACGUGAUGCUGGUGACCCACUUCCACCUGGACCACUCCGCGGCCGUGCCUUACGUGGUCGGGCACACCAACUUCCGGGGCACCAUCCUCAUGACGCAUGCCACCAAAGCCAUCACCAGCACCCUGCUCCGAGAUUUUGUAAAAGUCAGCAAGGGAGGCGCAGGCGAGUCAGGGGUACAGGGAUCCAGGGGCUUGGGAGGGUUUGGGAGGGGAGAUGCCGGGCUGUACACGGAGGCCGACCUGGAUGCCUCGCUGGAGCGCACGCACGUCAUCAAUUUCCAGCAGACCCUGUGUGUCAACGGCAUCGGCAUCACGGCCUACCGUGCUGGCCACGUGCUGGGCGCCGCCAUGUUCAUGGUGGAGAUCGCCGGCCAGCGCAUUCUGUACACCGGCGACUACAGCCGCGUGCCCGACCGGCACAUGCCGGCGGCGGACACGCCAUCCCCCCCCCCACACAUCGUGAUCGUGGAGUCGACCUACGGCGUGUCGCGGCACCUGCCGCGCGCGGAGCGCGAGUCGCGCUUCCUCCAGCGCAUCCACACCGCGGUGGCGCGCGGCGGGCGCGUGCUGCUGCCCGUGGUGGCGUUGGGCCGCGCGCAGGAGCUGCUGCUGAUCCUGGAGGAGCACUGGGCGGCGCACCCGGAGCUGCACGGCGUGCCCAUCUACCAGGCCUCGGGCCUGGCCAAGCGCGCCAUCUCAGUGUACCAAACCUACAUCGAGAUGAUGAACGCCGACAUCCAGGCCGCCUUUGCCGUGGCCAACCCCUUUGCCUUCCGCCACGUGACCCACCUCCGCUCCGCGCGCGCCUUUGACGACGUGGGCGCCUGCGUGGUCAUGGCCACCCCCUCCAUGCUGCAGUCCGGCGUCUCCCGCGACCUGUUCGAGGCGUGGUGCGGCGACGCGCGCAACCUGGUGGUCAUCGCCGACUUCGCGGUGCAGGGCACGCUGGCGCGCGAGAUCCUGGCGGGGCCGGCCGAGGUGCUGACGCGCGCGGGCGCGCGCGUGCCGCUGCGCUGCCAGGUGGACGCCAUCUCCUUCUCCGCGCACGCCGACUUCCCGCAGACCUCGGGCUUCCUGGACACGCUGGCCCCGCCCCACGUCGUGUUGGUCCGGCUGGCGCUGGAGCUGCUGUUCGAGGGCGUGCAUGGCGCCGGGGACCUGGCCCUGGUCAGCAGCGACCAGGGCGCCACGGCAAACGACCGGGAGGGUGCGCCUGUGGCGCCGCAGAUCCUGCGCGUGGGCGAGGCGGUGACCGUCAGCUACGACCCGGCGAGUGCGCCCGGCCGGCUGACGCUGGAGUGGCAGGGCGGGCCCGGCGCGGACGCUGUCGCCGACGCCGUGGUGGCGGUGGUGCUGGGCGCUGGGCCCGCGCCGCCGCCGCGCCUGUCCCGCCUGGACGCCGCGCGGGCCGAGGCGCUGCGCGGCGGGGACGGGGAGGCCCUGGCGCUCGUGGAGGCCGAGCUGGUGGAGGCCCUGCUCUCCGCCCAGUUCGGGCCGGCGGCCACCGACCCGGAGACGGGCCUGACGUUCCUGGAGGUAGACGGCGCGCAUGUGCUGGUGGACUGCAAGUCGCGCGGCGUGCGGUGCGCAGACGCGGGGCUCAAGGCGCGUGUGGAGCGGGCGAUCACGCGGUUGGAGGCGGCCAUGCGCGCCUGCCCGCUGGAGGGGUGA